CACCCCACCGGCGGCGGCGCGCCGGGUCCCGGGGCGCAGCCCCGACGCUCAUUGGCCUGGGCGGCGCAGCCAAGCUGUCAGCCCAUGUGGCGUGGCCGCCUAGGGAUGGCCGCGGUUUAAAUAGAGUCGGCGCCGGCCUAGAGGGAGCCAGAGAGACGAGCGGCGCCGGCCUCGCUCGUCCGCGCUGCCUCCUUGCCCGCCGCAGCCGCGCCCAGGCCAGAGAGAAGCCAUGGAGGAGGUGGUGAUCGCCGGCAUGUCCGGGAAGCUCCCUGAGUCAGAGAACUUGCAGGAGUUCUGGGCCAACCUCAUCGGUGGUGUGGACAUGGUCACCGAGGAUGACCGCCGGUGGAAGGCGGGACUCUACGGACUGCCCCGGCGGUCUGGUAAGCUGAAGGACCUGUCCAAGUUCGAUGCCUCCUUCUUCGGGGUCCACCCGAAGCAGGCACACACCAUGGACCCCCAGCUCCGACUGCUGCUGGAAGUCACCUAUGAGGCCAUUGUGGAUGGAGGCAUCAACCCAGCAUCGCUCCGAGGGACGCACACUGGUGUCUGGGUGGGUGUGAGUGGUUCCGAGGCCUCGGAGGCCCUGAGUCGAGAUCCCGAGACGCUCCUGGGCUACAGCAUGGUGGGCUGCCAGCGUGCCAUGAUGGCCAACCGGCUCUCCUUUUUCUUCGACUUCAGAGGGCCCAGCAUUGCCCUGGACACGGCCUGCUCCUCCAGCCUGCUGGCUCUGCACAGUGCCUUCCACGCCAUCCGCUGCGGGGAGUGCCCGGCCGCCGUCGUAGGGGGCAUCAACCUGCUGCUGAAGCCCAACACCUCGGUUCAGUUCAUGAAACUGGGCAUGCUCAGCCCCGAGGGCACCUGCAAGUCCUUCGAUGACUCAGGGAAUGGGUAUUGCCGCUCGGAGGCUGUGGUGGCUGUCCUGCUGACCAAGAAGUCCCUGGCCCGGCGGGUGUACGCCACCAUCUUGAACACCGGCACCAACACAGAUGGUUUCAAGGAGCAAGGUGUGACCUUCCCCUCCGGAGAGGUCCAGGAGCAGCUCAUCCGCUCCCUGUACAACCCAGCUGGGGUGGCACCCGAGUCUCUGGAGUACAUUGAAGCCCAUGGGACAGGCACCAAGGUGGGUGACCCCCAGGAGCUGAAUGCCAUCGUCCAAGCCCUGUGCACCUCCCGCCAGGACCCCCUGCUGAUUGGCUCCACCAAGUCCAACAUGGGGCACCCAGAGCCUGCCUCGGGGCUUGCAGCCCUGGCCAAGGUGCUGCUGUCCCUGGAGCACGGGCUUUGGGCCCCCAACCUGCACUUCCACAAGCCCAACCCCGAGAUCCCAGCACUGCAGGAUGGACGGCUGCAGGUGGUGGAGCAGCCCCUUCCUGUGCGUGGUGGCAACGUGUGCAUCAACUCCUUCGGCUUUGGUGGCUCCAAUGUGCAUGUUAUCCUCCGGCCCAACGUGCAGCCGUCCCCCGUGCCUGCCCUGCAAGCCACCCUGCCCCGCCUGCUGCAGGCCAGCGGGCGCACCCACAAGGCUGUACAGAGUCUGCUGGAGCAGGGCCACCAGCACAGCCAGGACCUGGCCUUCGUGAGCAUGCUCAACGACAUUGCAGCCACCCCCACAGCCUCCAUGCCCUUCCGGGGCUACACUGUGCUGGGCACUGAGGGCAGCAGCCAGGAACUGCAGCAGGUGACCCCCAGCGAGCGCCCGCUCUGGUUCAUCUGCUCAGGGAUGGGCACGCAGUGGCGUGGGAUGGGGACAAGCCUCAUGCGCCUGGGCAACUUCCGCAACUCCAUUCUGCGCACCGACAAGGCCCUGAAGCCAUUUGGGCUGCAGGUAUCAGAGCUGCUGCUGAGCUCAGACGAGAACACCUUCGACGACAUCGUCCAUGCCUUCGUGAGCCUCACCGCCAUCCAGAUCGCCCUCAUAGACCUGCUGACCUCCAUGGGCCUGAGGCCUGACGGUAUCAUCGGGCACUCCUUGGGUGAGGUGGCCUGUGGCUACGCCGAUGGUUGCCUGUCCCAGGAGGAGGCCGUCCUCGCCGCCUACUGGAGGGGCCAGUGCAUCAAGGAUGCCAACAUCCCGCCCGGUGCCAUGGCAGCCGUGGGCUUGUCCUGGGAGGAGUGUAAGCAGCGCUGCCCCCCUGGCAUCGUGCCUGCUUGCCACAACUCUGAAGACACAGUGACCAUCUCAGGACCUCAGGACUCAGUGAGCAAGUUUGUGGAGCAGCUCAAGCAGGAGGGUGUGUUUGCCAAGGAAGUGCGGACGGGUGGCAUGGCCUUCCACUCCUACUUCAUGGAGGCUAUCGCCCCCACGCUACUGCAGGCGCUCAAGAAGGUGAUCAGGGAGCCACGGCCCCGCUCGGCACGCUGGCUCAGCACCUCCAUCCCUGAGGCCCAGUGGCAGGGCAGCCUGGCCCGCACGUCCUCAGCUGAGUACAAUGUCAACAACCUGGUGAGCCCCGUGCUGUUCCAGGAGGCACUGUGGCAUGUCCCCGAGCACGCGGUGGUGCUGGAGAUUGCCCCGCAUGCCCUGCUGCAGGCCGUCCUGAAGCGGGGCCUCAAGCCCAGCUGCACCAUCAUCCCACUGAUGAGGAAAGACCACAGGGAUAACCUGGAGUUCUUCCUCACCAACAUCGGCAAGCUGCACCUCACAGGCAUCAACGUCAACCCCAACGCCUUGUAUCCUCCUGUGGAAUUCCCGGCACCCCGAGGAACCCCUCUCAUCUCCCCCCACAUUGAGUGGGACCACAGUCAGACCUGGGACGUGCCUGCAGCAGAGGACUUCCCCAGUGGUUCCAGCUCAUCCUCUGCCACCAUCUACAACAUUGACGCCAGUCCUGAGUCCCCCGACCACUAUCUGGUGGACCACUGUAUCGACGGCCGCGUCAUCUUCCCUGCCACCGGCUACCUGUGCCUGGUCUGGAAGACACUGGCUCGUGCCCUGGGCCUGGCCAUGGAGCAGAUGCCCGUGGUGUUUGAGGACGUGACACUGCACCAGGCCACCCUCCUGCCCAAGACGGGGACCGUGCCCCUGGAAGUGCGGCUUCUGGAGGCCUCCCGCACCUUUGAGGUGUCUGAGAACAACAACCUGAUAGUGAGCGGGAAGGUGUACCAGUGGGAGGACCCCAACCCCAAGCUCUUCAACAGCCCGGAAGCCAUGGGCCCUGCGGACCCCUCAGCUGCCUUCCACCUGGCCCAGGGGGACGUGUACAAGGAGCUGCGGCUGCGGGGCUAUGACUAUGGCCCUCACUUCCAGGGCAUCCUUGAGGCCAACCUCGAAGGCACCUUGGGCAAGCUGCUGUGGAAGGACAACUGGGUGACCUUCCUGGACACCAUGCUGCAAAUGUCCAUUCUGGGCAUAGGCCAACGCAGUCUGCUCUUACCCACGCGCAUCACUGCCAUCCACAUCGACCCUGCCGUCCACCAGCAGAAGGUCCACACACUGCAGGAAAAGGCCCAAGUGGCCGACGUGGUGGUGGACAGCUGCCUAAGUAGCAUCGUGGCUGGUGGUGCUUGUGUCUCCCGACUUCACGCGUCAGCAGCCCCACGGCGGCAGCAGGAGCAGCUGGUGCCCACCCUGGAGAAGUACUCCUUCACGCCGCACGUGCAAGACGGGUGCCUGUCCGCGAGCACCGCCCUGCAUGACGAGCUGCGGCUCUGCAAAGGGCUCACACAGGUGCUGCAGGCCAAGGUGGCCCAGCAGGGGCUGAAGAUGGCGGUCCCUGGGCUGGAUGGGGCCUGGGUCCCCCAGGAGACCCCACAGCAGGGGCUGCCUCGAGUGCUGGCAGCUGCCUGCCAGCUGGAGCUUAACGGGAACCUGCAGCUGGCACUGGGUCAAGUGCUUUCCCAGGAGAGGUCCCUGCUGCCCGAGGACCCCCUGCUCAGUGGCCUACUGGACUCGCCAGCACUCAAGGCCUGUGUGGACACUGCACUGGAGAACAUGCCCAGCCUCCGGGUGAAGGUGGUAGAGGUGCUGGCCGGUGAUGGUCACCUGUACUCCCGCAUCCCGGCACUGCUCAACACCCAGCCCAUGCUGCAGCUGGACUACACAGCCACCGACCGCCUUCCCCAGGCCCUGGAGUCCAACCAGGCCAAGCUGCAGCAGCAUGACAUCGCCAAGGGCCAGUGGGACCCCAAGGACCCUGCCCCCGGCAGCCUGGGCGCGGCUGACCUCCUGGUGUGCAACUGCAUAGUGGCAGGCCUUGGGGACCCAGCCGUGGCCCUGGGCAACAUGGCGGCUGCCCUCAAGGAGGGAGGCUUCCUGCUGCUGCACACACUACUGCGAGGACACACCCUUGGGGAGACCCUGGCCUUCCUUUUCUCCUCCCAGCCUCAGCACGGGCAGGGGCUUCUGAGCCAGGACGAGUGGGAGAGCCUGCUCUCGGGGACAUCGCUGCGCCUGGUAGGCCUAAAGAAGUCCUUCUAUGGCUCUGCGCUCUUCCUGUGCCGCCGGCUGGCCCCCCAGGGCAGCCCCAUCUUCCUGCCUGUGGAGGACACCACCAGCUUCCGAUGGGUGGACUCUCUGAAGAGCAUUCUGGCCGACGACUCCUCCCGGCCUGUGUGGCUGAAGGCGGUCAGCUGCGCCACCUCGGGCGUGGUGGGCUUGGUGAACUGCCUGCGCAAAGAGCCCGGCGGGCACCGCAUUCGGUGCAUCUUGCUGUCCAACCUCAGCAGCACAUCCUACCUUCCCGACAUGGACCCUGGCUCUGCAGAGCUGCAGGAGGUGCUGCAGGGGGAUCUGGUGAUGAAUGUCUACCGUGAUGGGGCCUGGGGGACCUUCCGUCACUUCCCACUGGAGCAGGACAAGCCAGAGCAGCAGACAGCCCAUGCCUUUGUGAAUGUUCUCACACGUGGAGACCUGUCCUCCAUCCGCUGGGUCUGCUCCCCCCUGGGCCACAUCCAGCCCUCUGGCCCUGGCACACAGCAGCUCUGCACCGUCUACUAUGCCUCGCUCAAUUUCCGAGACAUCAUGCUCGCCACGGGCAAGCUGUCCCCCGACGCCAUCCCAGGGAAGUGGGCCGCCCGGGAUUGCAUGCUGGGCAUGGAGUUCUCGGGCCGCGAUGCCGGCGGCCAGCGUGUCAUGGGGCUGGUGCCUGCUGAAGGCCUGGCCACCUCUGUCCUGCUGUCCUCGGACUUCCUCUGGGAUGUGCCCUCCAGCUGGACCCUGGAGGAGGCAGCCUCAGUGCCUGUCGUCUAUGCCACAGCUUACUACUCGCUGGUGGUGCGUGGGCGCGUGCGGCACGGGGAGACGGUGCUCAUCCACUCAGGCUCAGGUGGUGUGGGCCAGGCCGCCAUCGCCAUCGCCCUCAGCCUGGGCUGCCGUGUCUUCACCACUGUGGGGUCGGCUGAGAAGCAAGCGUAUCUCCAAGCCAGGUUCCCACAGCUUGACCGUGCCAGCUUUGCCAACUCCCGGGACACAUCUUUCGAGCAGCACGUGCUGCGGCACACGGCUGGCAGAGGUGUUGAUCUGGUCCUGAACUCACUGGCAGAAGAGAAGCUGCAGGCCAGCGUGCGCUGCCUGGCUCAGCACGGCCGUUUUCUGGAGAUCGGCAAGUUCGAUCUCUCCAACAACCACCCACUCGGCAUGGCCAUCUUCCUGAAGAACGUGACCUUCCACGGGAUCCUGCUGGACGCAAUCUUCGAGGAGGCCAGCUCCAGCUGGCGGGAGGUGGCCGCGCUGUUGCAUGCUGGCAUCCGCGAUGGAGUGGUGCAGCCCCUCAAGUGCACCGUGUUCCCCAAGGCGCAGGUGGAGGAUGCCUUCCGCUACAUGGCCCAGGGGAAGCACAUCGGCAAAGUUGUCAUCCAGGUGCGCGAGGAGGAACCAGAGGCGGUGCUGAAGGGAGUAAAGCCAGCCCUGAUGUCGGCUGUCUCCAAGACCUUUUGUCCCAUGCACAAGAGCUACGUCAUUGUGGGCGGCCUGGGUGGCUUUGGCCUCGAGUUGGCCCAGUGGCUGGUGCUGCGUGGGGCCCAGAAGCUUGUGCUGACCUCCCGCUCCGGCAUCCGCACAGGCUACCAGGCCAAGCAGGUUCGUGAGUGGAGGCGUCAGGGCGUGCAGGUGCUGGUGUCCACCAGCAAUGCCAGCUCGCUGGAGGGGGCCCGGAGCCUCAUCACAGAAGCUGUGCAGCUGGGGCCUGUGGGAGGCGUCUUCAACCUGGCCAUGGUCCUGAGAGACGCCGUACUGGAGAACCAGACCCCGGAGUUCUUCCAAGACGUCAACAAGCCCAAGUAUAGCGGCACCUUGAACUUGGACAGGGUGACUCGGGAGGCCUGUCCGGACCUGGACUACUUCGUGAUCUUCUCCUCGGUGAGCUGCGGGCGCGGGAACGCAGGCCAGACCAACUACGGCUUCGCCAACUCCGCCAUGGAGCGAAUCUGUGAGAAGCGCCGGCACGACGGCCUCCCGGGCCUAGCGGUGCAGUGGGGUGCCAUUGGCGAUGUGGGCAUCGUGCUCGACACUAUGGGAACCAACGACACAGUUAUCGGCGGGACACUACCCCAGCGCAUCACCUCCUGCCUGGAGGUGCUGGAUCUCUUCCUGAACCAGCCCCACGCGGUCCUCAGCAGCUUUGUGCUGGCUGAGAAGAAGGCCACGGCCCUCAGUGAUGGCGAUGGCCAGCGGGACCUGGUGAAGGCCGUGGCACACAUCCUGGGCAUCCGCGAUAUGGAUGCCGUCAACCUGGACAACUCACUGGCAGACCUGGGCCUGGACUCGCUCAUGGGCGUGGAGGUGCGUCAGACCCUCGAGCGUGAGCAUGACCUGGUGCUGUCCAUGCGCGAAGUGCGGCAGCUGACACUCAGGGCACUGCAGGAGCUGUCCUCGAAGGCUCACGUGUCUGAUGAGCUGGCAUCCCCAAUGCCUAAGGACAGCCCAACCCAGCAGGAGGUCCAGCUGAACCUGAGCUCCCUGCUGGUGAACCCUGAGGGUCCCACCUUGACGCGGCUCAACUCGGUGCAGAGCUCCGAGCGGCCCCUCUUCCUGGUGCACCCCAUCGAGGGCUCCACUGCUGUCUUCCACAGCCUGGCAGCCAAGCUCAGCAUCCCCACCUAUGGCUUGCAGUGCACCCGAGCUGCACCACUGGACAGCAUCCAGAGCCUGGCCGCCUACUACAUCGACUGCAUCAGGCAGGUGCAGCCUGAGGGGCCGUACCGCAUCGCCGGCUACUCCUAUGGGGCUUGCGUGGCCUUCGAGAUGUGCUCGCAGCUGCAGGCCCAGCAGAGCCCGGCCCCUGCCCACAACAGCCUCUUCCUGUUCGACGGCUCACACACCUACGUGCUGGCCUACACCCAGAGCUACCGGGCAAAGCUGACUCCUGGCUGUGAGGCUGAAGUCGAGUCUGAGGCCAUGUGCUUCUUCGUGCAGCAGUUCACAGACAUGGAGCACAGCAGGGUGCUGGAAGUGCUGCUGCCACUCAAGGACCUGGAGGAGCGCGUGGAGGCCUCCGUGGACCUGAUCACCAAGAGCCAUCAGGGCCUGGACCGCCAGGAGCUGAGCUUUGCAGCCCUGUCCUUCUACCACAAGCUGCGGGCAGCCGAGCAAUAUGCGCCCAAGGCCAAGUACCAUGGCAAUGUGACGCUGUUACGUGCCAAGAUGGGCAGCGCCUAUGGCGAGGACCUGGGUGCUGACUACAACCUAUCGCAGGUGUGUGACGGGAAGGUGUCUGUGCACGUCAUCGAGGGAGACCACCGCUCACUGCUGGAGGGCAGCGGCCUGGAAUCCAUUAUCAGCAUCAUGCACAGCUCCCUGGCCGAGCCGCGUGUCAGUGUGCGCGAGGGCUAGGCCCGCCCCAGCCCCAAGGUCGCUCUGUCACCCCCUCACUGCAUUGGCCACACCCUGGGGCUGGGGAGGGUCCUGCUGGUGGGACCCCACAGCCUCCCCAGCAGCGGCUGGAUAGGCCGGUCACACUGGGUCCCCACCACCAGCGGCAUGGCACCACAGGGACAGCAGAGCCGCUGACUCGGAGACCCCCGGUCUGUGAAGAGCCAGCAGAGCCGACGGGAGCCAGGCUAGUUUUUUGUACUUGUUGUCUCUCCAUUUGGAUUCUCAUAUUUAUUGCAUCCCUGGAAAAGACCCCUAGGGCCUGUUCACUCUGUGAAGACGCCGAAGCUACUCCGGGGCAGACUUCUCAGGGGUGUGCCACCGGGGUCUGGGCACACCGCAGCCCUCUGUAUUCACUGUACAGGUGGCUGCCCAGGCCUGCUGGCAGGGUCCCCUUCUUGGCCAGAUCUGGCUCCUGCCCACUGCUCCAAAGGGUACAGGGAGGGCCAGUCCCUGAGUAGCGCAAGGACCCAGAGCAGGCGUCAGAGCCCACAGCUCCUGACCUCGGUGCCCCGGCUGCACCCAUGAUGCAGGGCCUGCAGGGCACAGCCUGGCCCUCCGACCCUGCUGACCGCACCUGGCACCAACUCUGUCCAUGUUAGUUUUUCAAGAAACAAUUCCAGUUGCUGCUCAGAUUUUGAAAUUUACUGUAACUGUCAGUAUAGGAACCAUGUCUGGAUCCUGUUUCAUUUUUAGACCAACUUGAUAAAAAUACUGCUCUUGACACCCUGUCCUCUCCAAGCCUCCCCACAAUAAAACUGCACGUGAGCUCUG